AUGGAGAUGAGCUCAAUGGGGCGCACGGGGGCAGGAAUCCGGCUGCACAAAGGGGCCCCCCCAACUCCCCCCUGCAGCCGGCACCCGGCCACGCGGAGCACGCCUGGGCCCCUCUACCCCGGCGUCUCGCCCCCCGCAUCAGUGCCUGGGCACCUCUACCCCGGCGUCCCGCCCCCCGCAUCAGCGCCUGGGCCCCUCUACCCUGGCGUCUCGCCCUCUGCAUCAGCCCUGGGCCCCUCUACCCCGGCGUCUCGCCCGCCGCAUCAGCUCCUGGGCCCCUCUACCCCGGCGUCUCGCCCUCUGCGUCAGCGCCUGGGCCCCUCUACCCCGGCGUCUCGCCCUCUGCGUCAGCGCCUGGGCCCCUCUACCCCGGCGUCCCGCCCUCUGCGUCAGCGCCUGGGCCCCUCUACCCCGGCGUCCCGCCCCCUGCAUCAGCCCUGUGCCCCUCUACCCCGGCGUCCUGCCCCCCUCAUCAGCGCCUGGGCCCCUCUACCCCGGCGUCCGGCCCCCCACAUCAGUGCCUGGGCCCCUCUACCCCGGCGUCCUGCCCCCCUCAUCACGCCUGGGCCCCUCUACCCCGGCGUCCGGCCCCCCACAUCACGCCUGGGCCCCUCUACCCCGGCGUCCCGCCCCCUGCAUCAGCGCCUGGGCCCCUCUACCCUGGCGUCUCACCCCCCAUAUCAGCGCCUGGGCCCCUCUACCCCAGCGUCUCGCCACCGCCCCCUGCAUCAGCGCCUGGGCCUCUCUACCCUGGCGUCUCACCCCCCACAUCAGCGCCUGGGCCCCUCUACCCCGGCGUCUCGCCACCGCCCCCUGCAUCAGCGCCUGGGCCUCUCUACCCUGCAUCAGCAGCUGGGCCCAGCCCCUUCCCUGCCCCCCAGAUCGGACCCAUGGCCCAUCUAUCCUGGCAUCCAGCCCCUUUCCUGCCCCCCAGCGCACCGCAAGCACUUCCCAAAAUUCCCUGCACCCGCCAGCGGCAACUCCCCGGCCGGGUAG